GGGCUAUGUCUUCAGCAGCCACCACAGCCCCGUCAGUGGACAAGGUGGACGGCUUCUCCAGGAAGUCGGUCAGGAAAGCCAGGCAAAAGCGAGCACAGAGCUCGUCCCAGUUCAGAUCUCAGGACAAGCCCAUAGAGCUGGUGCAGCUACCUCUGCUGAAAGAUGUUUCUGCACAGGAACAACCAGAGCUUUUCCUCAAGAAACUGCAGCAGUGCUGUACUCUGUUUGACUUCAUGGAAACACUGUCUGACCUCAAAAUGAAAGAGUAUAAACGCUCCACCCUUAAUGAGCUGGUGGACUACGUCACCCUCAGCCGGGGCUACCUGACUGAGCAGACCUACCCUGAGGUGGUCAAAAUGGUGUCCUGCAAUAUUUUUCGGACUCUUCCGCCUAGUGACAGUAAUGAAUUUGACCCAGAGGAAGACGAGCCCACGCUGGAGGCCUCAUGGCCACACUUACAGCUCAUUUAUGAGUUCUUCAUUCGCUUCUUGGAAAGUCAGGAAUUUCAGCCCAGCGUUGCCAAAAAAUACAUUGACCAGAAAUUUGUAUUACAGCUCUUGGAGCUGUUUGAUAGCGAGGACCCACGGGAGAGGGACUGCCUGAAGACAGUUCUGCACAGAAUCUAUGGCAAGUUCCUUGGCCUCAGGGCCUUCAUCCGCAAACAGAUCAACAACAUUUUUCUUUGUUUUGUAUAUGAGACCGAGCACUUCAAUGGCGUAGCUGAACUGCUGGAGAUUUUGGGAAGCAUCAUCAAUGGUUUUGCGCUUCCUCUCAAAGCUGAGCACAAACAAUUCCUGGUGAAAGUGCUGCUGCCUCUGCACACAGUGAGGAGCUUGUCUCUCUUCCAUGCCCAGCUGGCCUAUUGUAUUGUACAGUUCCUAGAGAAAGAUCCCACGUUAACAGAACCUGUGAUCGGAGGCUUGUUGAAGUUUUGGCCAAAAACAUGCAGUCAGAAAGAGGUUAUGUUUCUUGGAGAGUUGGAGGAGAUUCUAGAUGUGAUUGAGCCCACUCAGUUUGUUAAGAUCCAAGAACUGCUCUUUAAACAGAUUGCUAGAUGUGUGUCCAGCCCCCAUUUUCAGGUGGCAGAACGAGCUUUGUACUACUGGAAUAAUGAGUAUAUCAUGAGUCUGAUUGAGGAGAACUCUAGUGUAAUCCUGCCUAUCAUGUUUGCCAGUCUCUACAGGAUCUCCAAAGAGCACUGGAACCCGGCAAUAUCAGCUUUGAUCUACAAUGUGCUCAAAGCAUUCAUGGAGAUGAACAGCGCCUUGUUUGACGAACUUGCCGCCAAUUACAAAUCAGACAGGCAAAGGGAAAGGAAGAAGGACAAGGAGCGAGAGGACCUAUGGAGGAAGCUGGAGGAGCUGGAGCUCAGACGAGGCGUCCAGAACAGCGACGGUGUCAUUCCCACCUAACACGGACCUCGUGUCUGCCCUUCUGUGUGGCCCCAACCCCAAUCCCUUUCUACUCUGCCACAGGGACCCCGUCCCCCUAUUUGCUUCUCAUGCUGCGUACUUUACCACACACUCCCUCGUUCAUUUCCUCCCUUUCAACAGCACUGUAAAUAAUCCUCUCCCUCUUUCCUGUAUCAUACUACUACACUGAAAGGAAGAAGGAAAAAAAAACUGAAAAUUUGAAGAGACUUAAUAUGCACUCCUCGGUGUAAAAAAAAUGGUAAAAUGAUAAUCAACUGUGGUCAAAGGAUAUAUUUAA